AUGGACGAUGACUACUCCAGUACCGACUCAUCUUCCGAUUCCAGUACUACUAUUCCGGCAGCCACCGCCGGAAUCGUCAUGCUCUCUCUCCCCGACAGUUUCGAUGAGGAUGCAGCCGAGGACAAGAGCAGCGCCGACCAGGACGUUUUCGAGACCCCGCCGGAGUCCUCGCUCGUCGGAACCUCCCAGGAGAAGACUCCCUUGCUCGAUCUUGAUCAGAUCGGCGAUGACAACUAUCGUGAUUUCGAGGGAGUUGGAGAUAUAGGAGAUGGGAGCGGCGUCAUCGUGGUCGUCGGUGGUUGCGGCGAGGAAGGCGACGGCGCUGUGGAUUUGGGGCGGGAUGCUGAUCUGGUGACUUCGGAGGCGGAAUCGGUGGAAUUUAGGGUUUCGAAGAGGGAUUUGUCGAUGGAAGGGAGUUCGGAGGAGUCUUUGCCGCCGUCGAAGAAAUUGAGGGUUUCGGAGCAGGAAUCGGGGAAAUCAGAGGAGGAAUUGGAGACCGAGCGGCUCAGUCUGAGCAACCUCGGCUCUGAUUCCGAUCAAACUCUCGAAAUCGCAGGGGAUGAUGCCAAAUCAGUUGAGGAAAGCUCAGGAAAGAAAAAUGCUGAGUAUUCAGACAGCGAGAGUGAGAAUGCUACUGAAGAGACUCAACCGGUUACUGAAGAAAGCGGAAGCCCAUCCGGGGUGGAGUAUUCCUAUCAGGAAGGCAUUGAAAUUGAUUCCGGAGUGCUUCGAGUGCUGCCUCUAUCCUUCUGCCCACCAGCAGACUCGAGUGAGAGGCAUGCCGAGGAGGGGCAUAGCUGGUCUAGUCUGUUGGAGACGUUGAAACGUGUGAGAGAAAUAACUCGUCAAGACUGUAAAAAUAAGGUUGAUAAAUGUAGCUUUUUGGAGAUAGCUAAGCGUCGCGGCAUGACUUUCCCUCAGCUGUAG